AUGCGACUCCUGAUCGAGAGGGCACGGAAGGGCCACGUGGAGUACAUGCGACAGCUGGGGGCCCCCCCUUCAGCCCCCUCGCCAGCCACUCCCCCUUCCCCCCCCUGCGCUCCGCCAUACCUCCCCCCCUCCCCUCCGCAGGGGCCUCCCGAGGCUCACGCCGCUGCAGUGAGGGCAGCAGCAGCAGCUGCUGCUGCUGCUGCGGCAGCAGCAGCCGACCCCGACAAGAAACUCCUCUCCGCAGAGCAGUGGAUCGCUCGAGACUUCAACAUCCCCGCCGCCCCUGGGGGGCCCCCCCAGCAGCAGCUCCCCAGUCUCUCUUCGCUGCUGCUGCACGAGGCGCCUCAGCAGCAGCAGCAGCAGCAGCAGCAGCAAGCGGAGGGAGAGGCCUCUGCUGCUGCUGUGGAGCGUUUGCUGCGGGGGGGCCCCGCAGCGAACACCCCCCAACUCGCUGGCAUCCUCUCGCAGGUGUCGUUCUCCCGCUUCGGAUGCAUCAAUGCGAUCCACGGAGAUAUUCUGAGCGCUCAGCUUGGGCAGCAGCAACAAGAGGAGCAGCAGCAGCAAAAAGGCAGCCAAGCGCAAGUGCUGCAAGAGGCUAUUGCGGAUUGCAUCGUUCUGCCUAUGCCUCCCAAUAUGGUGCCUUACAGAGGGCUUGGUUUGGCAGCUCUGGAGAGGGGCGGUGAAGCGCUGCAGCGCGCGCUUUUUAAAGGCCUUAAGAAGGCUUUGCAGCGCAAGAGACAGCUCCCCCUCCGCCAGGAAUACUUGGCGAAGGUUGCUGCAGAAGAAGCGAAGCAACUGCAACCUGGCUUAGCGGCGCACAUCCUCGUGCAGGCUGCAAUCGAAGAAAUGUUACAGGUGGACGCGGUGUCUCCCCUAUACAGUCUGAGUCGCAUCGAUCUGGUGGAUGUUGACUUCCGUGCGGCAGGGGUUCUAGCGGAAGCCGUGCGAGAGGCAGAAAGCCUCUGGAUUCCCGAGAAACAAGUCAUAACAGCUCCCCAAUAUUGGAGCCGCCAGAGUCGUCGCAUCCUCGAAGUCUCCGACUCGCUGCUCUCCUAUUGCAAGCGGCACACUCGCGUCUCCUUCAAGAAGCAUCACGGCGUGAUUCGUCGUCAGAAAAAGCAUUACUUCUCCAACAUUCGCCCCUUCAUGUGGCGAGCUUCCCGAGUGCUGCAGCCGCCAGCCUUCCUGGUGCUGAAGCAUUCAGGAGCUCCUGCAGCGCAGCAGCUGCCGGCUCGCCCUUUCUUCUUGAAAGGCGUCUCAGCCAUUCUUUAUCCCCCGCGAGUCUCCGGCUUUCCUUCGCUUAGGCUGAGGAGAGACGGACAGUUCACUGGCACAAACAAAAUGCCAAGCGUCUCGGAAAAGGCCAAACCUAGGCUUUAA